GCUCUCCUCGGUCUGCUCAUUUAGGCAGUCCAGCAGGAAUUUUGUACACUUUCUGAAUUGCAACUUGCAGGCUUUGCUCUCUUGUUGUCAUAUUUAGAAAGUUAAUUGAGUCGCCUGCGGCCACUUUCUCAUAAUGACCACACGUGUUCGACCGAGUAAUAAGAGGUGCCUGGUCAUUGGAGGAUCUGGUUUCCUGGGCAGACACUUGGUGGAGAAACUGUUGGAUCGAGGAUAUGCAGUCUCUGUAUUUGAUAUCCACCAAAACUAUGAAUUGCCCAAUGUUACCUUUCACCAGGGAGACCUUUGUGACAAACAAGCUCUGCUCUCAGCUUUAAAGGAUAUAUCCUUGGUUUUUCACUGUGCAUCUCCUGCACCUGCCAGUGACAAUCUUGAGCUGUUUGAGAGGGUCAACAUUCAGGGCACAUGCACCGUCAUUCAGGCCUGUAAAGAAGCUGGGGUUCAGAAAAUGGUUUUGACAAGUAGUGCCAGUGUGGUGUUUGAAGGUAAAGAUAUAAAGAAUGGAAAAGAGAGUCUGCCCUAUGCCAAGAAGCCUAUUGACUACUACACACAGACCAAGAUCAUGCAAGAGAAGUUAGUUCUUGAAGCAUGUGACAGAGAAAGUGGUUUUCUGACAGUUGCCAUUCGACCUCACGGUAUCUUUGGCCCACGAGACCCUCAGUUGGUUCCUAUAUUAGUAGACACUGCCCGCAGAGGGAAAAUGAAAUUUAUUAUUGGUGAUGGGACCAAUCUAGUGGACUUCACUUUUGUAGAGAAUGUUGUCCAUGGGCACGUCCUAGCAGCUGAGCACCUCAAGGCAGACUCUCCAAUUUGUGGAAAGGCUUAUCACAUCACCAACGAUGAACCCAUUCGCUUUUGGGACUUUAUGUCUGAGAUCCUGGUGGGUCUGGGAUAUCCCGCUCCUCGCUACCACCUCCCGUACCUGUUUGUUUAUGGGCUAGCUCUUCUGCUAUGGAUGGUGGCUCUGCUCCUUAGUCCUCUAAUCUCCAUUAAAUCCACUUUUACACCAAUGAGAGUGGCUCUUGCUGGAACACAUCAUUACUACAGCUGUGAACGGGCCAAAGAAGAUAUGGGCUACUCCCCAGUCAUCAGUUUGAAAGAAGGAAUAAAACGCACUGUGGAGAGUUAUCCUCACCUCAGACAAGGAGCGUGACUGAAAAAAAAUAAGUGAUGCUUUUACAAUUGUACAUUUUAGACACAACAAUACAAUGAGAUGGGACAUUUUAAAUGCUGCUGAUAAUGUUUCUAGGACAUAUUUGCACAUUUUUACCACUUGGUGGCAACAGAGUGCUAUGAUUUUGUAUUAAAACUAUGGAUCUAAAA